AUGGAGCCUCAUGGAAAUCUUUCUGGCCUUACCGGAAUCGACCUGGUGAACAACAGCUUUGCUGGUGAAAUUCCUCAAGAAAUAGGUCGUCUUCGAAGCCUGCGAUCUCUCAACCUGUCUGGGAAUUCCUUUGGCGGCAAAAUUCCAAGUAAUAUAUCUCACUGUGCACAACUAAGAGUGCUUCGUUUAGUUUCGAAUGAGCUUAUUGGAUCCAUUCCGAACCAACUCAGUUCAUUGGUGAAUUUAUAUUAUGUAUCUGCGGAUGAAAACAAUCUCACUGGAGCAAUCCCAAAUUGGAUAGGAAACUUUUCUUAUUUGCAUGGUCUUUAUCUUACCCAAAACAAUUUUCGAGGAAGCAUACCAAAUGAGCUCGGGCGUCUGACACGCUUGGCAGAAUUUUCAAUUGGAUUGAAUAAUCUGUUUGGUAUUGUCCCUUCUUCAAUCUAUAAUAUUUCUUCCAUUACAACUUUCGCAGUUACUGGGAACCAGCUGCAUGGAGAGCUACCACCAAAUGUUGGCAUUCGUCUUCCCAAUCUCGAAAUUUUUAACUGUGGUAUGAACAACUUCACAGGAGCUAUUCCUGCGUCGUGGUCAAAUUCUUCUAGACUUCAGAACCUUGAUUGUGGUGGAAAUGGUUUGACCGGGACACUCCCUGCUGAAAAUCUUGGAAGGUUGCGAAGCUUAGUUCGGAUAAACUUCAGUCGCAAUAGACUGGGAAGUGGGAAAGCUGGUGACUUGAAUUUUCUCGGCUUCUUGGCUAAUUGUACUGGCCUAGAGAACUUGGGUCUGGACAAUAACCAUUUUGGAGGAGAAUUGCCAAGGUCCAUAGCCAACCUAUCUACCCAACUAAAAUAUCUUUAUUUGGGGAGAAAUUUGAUACAUGGAAGCAUCCCUGAAGGCAUUGGGAAUCUUACAAGCUUGGCCCUUCUUGGAAUGAACAACAACUAUUUCAGUGGUAGUGUCCCUGAUGCCAUUGGGAAGCUUCAAAAGUUACAAGUUUGA